ACAGACAGGACUCCUCUUCCUCCUAUUAUUCAUUGCACUGUUAUCUGAUUUCUUUUCUUUUAAUCUCUCUUGCUUUGUCACCCCCAUGUUCGGGGCAUUAGAGGGGGUCACAGAGUGUAUGUGAGUGUGUAUGAGUAUAUGUGAGAGUGUUGGGGGGUUUCGGGAUGGAAGCAGUGGCUCUGUACACGUUCCGUGCAACAGAAGGCGAUGAACUCAGUUUCAAUAAGGGAGACUUACUAAAGAUCACCAACAUGGAGGACGAUCCGAACUGGUACACAGCUGAGCUCCACAACAGAAAAGGCUUUGUUCCAAAAAACUACAUCAACCUGCGUCCACAUGCGUGGUUUGCAGGUCGAAUAUCUCGCGGCGUGGCCGAGAGUCGACUCAGACACAGAGAGUGUGGAGCGUUUCUGGUCCGGGAGAGUGAAAGUGCUCCCGGAGAGUUCUCCAUGUCCGUCAGUUAUGGAGACCACGUUCAGCAUUUUAAAGUGCUGCAGGACCGAUGCAGUCAGUACUACGUGUGGGACGAGAUCUUCUCUUCCCUGAAUGAGCUGGUGGACUUUUAUCAUAGCAACAGCAUCGCCAAGGAGAGGACCGUGUUUCUCAGAGACCCCGAGCACUUCGCCAGGCGUCCUCACCACGCCCACGCUCUGUUCGACUUCACCGCACACCACCCCGCCCAGCUACGCUUCCUGCGUGGUGACGUCAUUGAACUGCUUGACUGUUCAGAUUCUUUGCGAUGGAAAGGCCGUUGCCAUGGACGCGUCGGCUACUUUUCCCCCGAGUACGUCCAACCCAUUUACCAUUACCAAUGACGUGAUUCGUCAGGCCGAGCUACGUCCAGCCAUUUCCCGUCUACCUGGUUUUUACUCAUCGAGCAGUUGGAGCAGAUGAAAGAUGAACAGACACUGAACGUCUCUUCAUGUCAAAGACUUCUUCCACUUGGUCUUCACAGCCGCUGUCACUUAGAGGCACUCUUUUCAUUUCCACUCAACUCAAAUCCAAUUUUCCUUAAAUACGGAAAACAGAAUCCCAGAUUUGAGCCUAAACGCUUUGAGGAAUUUACAAUACAUCCACCCUAAACCAAAACAAACAAA